AUGAAUGAAGACAUCAAUGGACAAGAUACCAGCAAAGUUCCUCCACUUCCCCACGUUACCACCAACAUUCUCCCACUUUCCUCCAUUAUCCAUUUCCAUACCCAAGAGGCAUACAAGCAGUUCACCACCGCCAUAGACAACUUGGCUGCGGAUCAAUCAAACGACGUCAAGCGGAAAAAGCAGUUCUUGGAGCUCAUCAUCUCUCUCCGCCAUGAUUUCGUCAAAUUGUACACGCUUGUCAAGUGGUGCAGCAACAGUGCCGACGUGUCUAAGCUUAUAGACUUGCUCAACUGGCUCAGACAGUUGGAGUUUAGUUACGAUCAAUUGUUGUACACCAUGAACACCGAGUUUGGUAAUAGCCAGUUCAAUUAUGGCACAAAAUUGCCCAACAGCGACUUGAUCACCAGUUUGCAGGUGUUGUAUAAACAACGACCCCAAUUGGCAAGUUAUGGAUAUCUACGCACGGACAACGACGUGGUGUCGAGCGAAAAGAUCUUGGAAGUGUUGAAAGAGUUGAACUUGGUCUUGACCAUCCGAUUUGCAUUGAUGAAUGAUGUGGAGUUGCCCCCGAGGUUCAACAACAAUUAUGAAAUAAAAGAUGGGAAAUGUUUUAUAACCAUUCCGAACGAGUACCAACUUGUCAUAACCACCAUCAGCCAAACAUCACCAUUCUACCUCAUAGACUUCAAGUUCCUCUUUGGAAUCAACCAGGAAACCUUAUCCAUAUCUCAUAACUCAUACACAAAACUCCCACCGAAAUCAUACAAGAAACUAGAAAAGAUUGUCAACACAGUCUUCAAUACAAGCACAUCCACAUCACUCACCGAAGUCUACGAACUUCUCCACAAAUACUCGAUGUCAUUCAAACUAUACCUCAUUGCCAAGCAGAUAAAAGAACUAAUGGUCAACAGCAAAUGGCGAAACAACAUCGACUUGAACUAUUCCAUUGGUCGCAACUCACUAAUACUCAACUACUGGAGCAGCCACUACUUAUCCAAGAACUAUAAAUCAUUUAUUGAAUUAGGAAUAGACCGGAAUUACAAUUUGAACUAUCGAUGGUUCAAGAAUGGCCAGUACCAGCAAACCGACAUGACGGAGAUAUUCAUCCAGUCACAGCCCGAGGAUAACGAAGAGGUGAUUAUCGAUGACGAUGACGAUGAAGGCAACGAUGACCAUCCACACGAUUUAAACGUCGAUGUCAUGUUGAAUGUGAUUGUCAACAAGCAUGCAGAAUUACUCAUGAGUAGUGUAUUUGAACGCCUCGCCGGGUUAUUGAGUCCUGAAGAAAUAAGCCAAGUCAAUUCGCAUCAGCUCCUUGUCAAAUUAUCCCAUAACAAGUCGACGAUAUUUGCAAUUAAUCCACUUACGGGAUAUUUCUAUUUUAUCGACCCAAUAACAAUUCAGCAAGCCAUAACCAAGAAGAUCAACACUGCGCCCAGCACAUCCAGCAAGUUCAUCUCCGAGGACGACCUAAUUAAUAACAUAAUCGACCAAAUCAUCCAACUUAGACUUUUGGUUUACACCAAAGAAAUCAACAACAAGUUACUCACAAGCCAAUGGAUAAACAACGACAUAAUCACCCUCAGUGAAACUGAACUCAGUAAGCUUGGCAAUUCAGGAAAAUGUCAGUUCUACCGAGUCAAGAAGUGGCCCAGCUCGUGGUUUUUGAUCAACUCCAUCAAUGGAAUCAACAACCUGGUGGCGUGGUACGUGGCCCGAAUUAAGAGUAUCAAGGGAGAAUGGAAGAUACAGUGGAAGAAUAAGAUCCUGCAUGAUCUGGAAUUAAAUUACGGGUUCUUUUCCGGGUUGGCUACCAUUUGCUCCAAUAUGAUUAUCGACCAUAUGAUCAUCGAGGAGUUGCAAACUAAACAUAUUAAGUACUUCAAGGUGGAUGCCGAUAAAGAACGUAAAGUGUUGGCCAAGUUUGGUAUUAAGGAAAAGCCUAGUGUCGAGGGAACUAUUUAUCAAUCGUUAAUUAUGAUUUACAAUGAUGAGUUGUUGCCAAUUAAUAACUCCUCCACGAGUUUGUUUUUGCAGAUCCAGUUGUUGAGUGAUCACAAGAUGAAUCUUACCUUGUUUGGAAACUUGCGAAACUUGUCGAUAAUACAGGAGGACUAUUCCCAGUUGAAUCUUACCAUUAUUGAAGAAAACUUUGAGUUUAAAGACACGGUGAAUUUAUCCACUGCCACUAUGACUGAACGAAACUUACUAUCCAAACUUUUCAAUAAUCUCAACCAAUUCAACAAGCUUAUUAAGAUUCUUGACCAAUUAAACAACAACCACAUACAAAUCGUAUCCAACACAAUCAAUGACAUCACAAUCAACAUUGAUGGAAAUAACUUGACUAUCCUCCUUCCUGAAGAAUCCACCAUGUGUAUUCAACUAACCACCACAACUGAGAAUUCACAAUUGCGACUCAUACUAGAAUAUUUGAAUAGGUAUUUGCACACAACCAAUACAUCAUCCGUUAUUGGAAUAAUCAAGUACUUGCAAACCAUAAAUCCAAUCUUGAAUGCCAUUACCACCAUCAAUAAGUUGGUCAACAAACAAACCUUCCGAUUGAGUAACGGGUUAUCGAGGUUGAACUUUGAUGUCACUUUAAACACCCUCAACUCGAUCCAGUUCAUUUUCCAUAUCAGUUCCAGCACGAAUCUGAAGAAGAUAAUCAAGGACAAAAUCACCGUCAAUAUAAGUUUCAAGAACAACAAGUUUGAUAAGCAAAAGAGGAACUUGGUCAAGAUAUCGCUUCGGGAUAACUUGAUCGACAAGAACCUCAAGUUUAAGAAGUUAUUUGAGUUGAUCUUCAAGAGUAUUAAUGACUUGGAACAGACCAAGAAGAACGACACCAGUGUUGCUUUGUUCAAGUUGAACUAUGACUUUUUGAUCAGCGGGAACAUCCUUGAAGAGUUGCUUGAACGGAUCGGCAAUAGUUUUAUAAGUUAUUUACAGUUGGAGAAGAGUUGA